AACAAUCCUCAUUGCAGGGUGUGGAUCCAGUGCCGGCCAGAGAGGCUCGACAACAAGAAGUGAAAACAGGCACGCAGAGAGUAUGACUUGAGACUGGCUUAAAAAGAACGACUUUUUUUUGUUUGGAGGAAAACAAAACAUCGAGGAGACGCUUUAAAAACCGAGAGGAGCUUUACGGUUGGGUUUGAGAUCUCAAAGCGGGAGUAAACGAAUCUGCGAAAAGUGCACGCGGAACUGCACAGGGUCGCGAUCGCGGUGACAGCUCAGGAUGGAAGUAACGUCAAAUGUUUCAGCUUUGGCAGUUGAUGUUUUUCGCGAAAACGCUUUGAGUUGUGCUUUCAUGGAAAGUUAAAGCAAAUUUGUCAGUCGCGAACCGAAAGCUCUCUGUUGUUCUUUGAGGCGACUUGACAGCGCACGGUUGGACGACGCCGUGUAAAAACCGAACUUUUCAGUGAGUUUUCACUGCUUGACUGGGACGAUUGGAUAGUUUGGACUUAUUUCUGGAUAUCCCUUUUCCCAUUCUGUUUUUCAAUGCCAAGCACAUUCGCACAACGGAAAAAUCUUUUGACAGAACUGAAGAGGUUGUGCGUUUGCAGGCGCAGUCUGCUCGUUUGACGUUUGCGCUCUUCAGUUGAGACUGAAUUUGAUCUACAUUGUAUUGUGAAACGGUAUCAUAGUGAAAUCGGCAAGUUUUUCUUCUCUUGUCCAGUAGUUGUGCAUUUUUGUGUGCCUGUAACUUGCACUUCAGCACUUUGACUCGUCGUAGUUGUGUGCAUGCACGUGUUUGUUUUGAUCCUGCAGCCCACGAGAACAUUUAUCAUAAGCUAUAGAUUGUUGUCGCCCGUUGUCUUGGGCUUCUGGCUCCCUCCUCCCCUUUUUUGGACUUGCCAGCGAAUAAGGUCACCUGUACACCUGCAGACUUCGCCAGUUGCAUUCAAGGGGCAAGGGGAACUCAAUUUUUUUGUUUUUUCCCUCAAGGAAGUCACAGAUAUCUUUCUUACCUGGAGCUGCAUUUGUUGUACUAAUCAGGAUUAAGACUAUAACCGAGGAAAGUGGCGGCACAACCAUUGUUGCCAAGCACACCUGCCUUUUUUGACUAAUUUAAGCUACUGUAGGAAACCUAGACAGAAUAUAAGAAACGCCUGCUAUUUUUAGCGAGAGUGAUGGGGUAAAUGGUGUUGAAAAUUGAGACCCCCACCCCCACCCUAAAGGCUACCAACACUUCCAGGUUUAGCUCUGGUUUCCUUGUCAGCUGCUGAAUUAUCGGGAUUGGAAAAUUGUGGGGGGUCCUGUCUCAACAAGGAUCUCGAUUUUAUUUUACUUUUGUGAACAUUUUGUCCAAACGUUAUUGUAAUUUUAUCAAAUGGAAUCCACUCGGUAUUGUGGGACAAUGAAUCUAGAUACAGUACAAGUAAAGCAAACUUUAGUAACCAAAUAAGCUCAUCCCCUUAUAAACAGAGAAAUCUAUCUAUAUGUGUGUGUGUUGCAGAGUAUAUAUAUAUAUAUAGCUCUAUAAAGUAUAUAAGACGAACAUAGUUUGAAUAUGUAUAUUUUUAUGCCAAAAGUGAGCAUUGUUGCCUGAAACCCAAUCCAUUGCCUUAGAAUAUUAUAGUAAUAAAGGGAAUAGCAAGGACAGAAACGAAACGGUGUUUGAAAUAACUAAAUGGUGCCUUUUUCGUUCAUCGGUUUCUUCUGUCUGUCACUUCAGGAUUUCGCAAGUAAUUGAAAGAUAUUUUUGUGCUUAAAUUUAAAUCCUAAUCUUUAUAACCUGCCUUUACGGUUCAAACUUGAGUUUAGUUACCAUUGGAUGUACCCUACUGGAUUAUUUACUGAAGUAAUAGGCAUGUGCAAAGGAUUCUACACUUGAUGUCAGUGACUUUUUCAGUACUUUUUGGGAUUCCCAGCAAACUUGGUUAGACUCAUUCUUUGGAUAUCACGGGCCAACGCAUAAGCUUUUCAGAUGGUGAUCACUUCGUCUGUGGAGGAGAAGCCCCAGCCUUCUAACAGAAUGGUCGCAAAUUUGCCGACCGAAUCCUGGAUUGGCAGUCCAGAUCAGAAUCGCUUCUUACCACAGUCACACCUGCUACGGAAACCGGCAAGAAGUGGAAGCAGCUCAGGAUGCAAGCCCCCCUCCUCUACCCUCUGCCAGCCUGCCGCCUUGGGCUUCUCCCCCGCUGAGCCAACCAUGUCGAGCCAGCACAGCCACCCCUCCUUCAGUAACAUCCACUCCAUGGCCGACCAGCAGCAGGUGCUGUCAGAUAUGACCAUCCUGCAGAGGAGGAUUCCCCCAAGUUUUCGAGAUCCCGCCAGCGCCCCGCUACGAAAACUCUCAGUCGAUCUCAUCAAGACAUACAAGCACAUCAAUGAGGUGUAUUACACGAAAAAGAAACGGCGAGCCCAGCAGGUUCCUCCUGAAGACUCCAGCACCAAAAAAGAGCGCAAGGUGUACAACGACGGCUAUGACGACGACAACUACGACUACAUUGUGAAGAACGGGGAGAAGUGGCUGGACCGCUACGAGAUCGACUCACUUAUUGGCAAGGGCUCAUUUGGACAGGUGGUGAAAGCCUAUGACCACCACGAGCAGGAGUGGGUGGCCAUCAAGAUCAUCAAGAACAAGAAAGCCUUCCUGAACCAGGCCCAGAUCGAGCUGCGGCUUCUUGAGCUCAUGAACAAACAUGACACCGAGAUGAAGUACUACAUAGUCCACUUAAAGAGGCACUUCAUGUUCCGUAACCACCUGUGCCUGGUGUUUGAGCUUCUCUCCUACAACCUGUACGACCUCCUGCGUAACACCAACUUCCGCGGCGUCUCGCUCAACCUGACGCGCAAGUUCGCUCAGCAGCUGUGCACGGCGCUGCUCUUCCUGGCCACACCCGAGCUCAGCAUCAUCCACUGCGACCUCAAGCCGGAGAACAUCCUACUCUGCAACCCCAAGCGCAGCGCCAUCAAGAUUGUGGACUUCGGCAGCUCCUGCCAGCUAGGACAGAGGAUUUACCAGUACAUCCAGAGCCGGUUUUACCGCUCUCCAGAGGUGUUACUGGGCAUGCCGUAUGACCUGGCUAUAGACAUGUGGUCUCUGGGCUGUAUCCUGGUGGAGAUGCACACGGGCGAACCGCUCUUCAGUGGCUCCAAUGAGGUGGACCAGAUGAAUAAAAUAGUUGAGGUGCUGGGGGUCCCGCCCAACCAUAUGCUGGAUCAGGCCCCUAAAGCACGCAAAUACUUCGACAAGCUGUCCGACGGCCUCUGGACCGUCAAGAAGAACAAGGACAUUAAGAAGGUACUUUAUCCUUCGGCCUCUGAAUAUAAACCACCGGCCACGCGACGAUUGCAUGAGAUCCUGGGGGUGGAGACGGGAGGUCCGGGUGGGAGGCGAGCUGGAGAACAGGGUCAUGCACCCUGCGACUACCUGAAGUUCAAGGACCUGAUCCUGCGUAUGCUGGACUAUGAUCCCAAGACGCGCAUCACGCCCUUUUACGCGCUGCAGCACAACUUCUUUAAGAAGACGACGGACGAGGGCACCAACACCAGCAGCUCCACCUCCACCAGCCCUGCCAUGGACCACAGCCACUCCACCUCCACCACGAGCUCUGUCUCCAGCUCUGGUGGAUCUAGCGGUUCUUCCAAUGACAACCGAAAUUACCGGUACAGCAACCGGUACUACAACAGCGCAGUCACUCACACAGACUAUGAGAUGCAGAGCCCACAAGCUCCGUCUCAGCAGCAGCUGCGCAUCUGGCCAGGAGGGGACAGCAGCAUGGGUCAGCUGUCCAACAGCGGCAGCGACUCCUCCUACCCGCAGCUGCUGUUGCACAAGCCGGCGGCCACGCAGCACUCGCGCCACUUCCUGGGCAACAUCGGGGGCAUGAUGGAGCCGCACCACCCUCACCCCAUCUACGGCAGCCACCACAGCAACGGCAGACAGCUCCGACAGCAGCAGCAGCAGCAGAACCAGCCGCAGGGCCAGGCCUCGCAGGGCCAGCAGGGCACGGCGCUGAUGCCCGUCUCCUCCCCGCAGAUGCAGGACAGCAUCGAGCUCAGCCUCACCCACCACCACCACCUGGGUCAGUCUUCCAUCAUGCAGCCGCCCCCGUCGAGCUUGGACUCCAGUCAGUACGGCUCCUCCAACCUCCACCUGGGCCUCUCUGCCUUUCGGACUAGGACAGUCAUGGCCCCCCAGCAGCCCCCUUCCGCUUCCCAGCAACAGUUGCCCCAGGCCCCGGCCUCCCAGGACAGCAUGGUCGCUGCCUCCGGUUUGGGAUACAUCCCUCCGUGCUACGCCGGCAGCAACAACAAUAACAACCCGCCGCAGGGAAGCGUGGGAGUAGGGGCGAUGCUCACCGGGGGGCCUCCGCCCAGAGGAGUGGGUGGAGCAGGGGGGCGGCCGGACUCUGAGGAGUCCUCCAUGAUGGCAGUGUGCGGCAGCGGGAGUGGGAGCGGUCAGAGUGCAGCCAACUCUUGAUAAAUCUUGAACAAAUUCCAAAAGCCAUACGAAAAUUUUAACGACAACAUUACAGUGACAAAAAGCGCCACACACACACACACACGACACAUAGUAAACAUAUGACACGAACAUAUAUACACACACACACAGACGCGCGGCCACACAUGACAGAGAAAAACUUGUGAAAUAUCAGACAGGUUUUGUUUUGUUUUUUGGUUCGUUGUUUUGGUUUUGCAUGGGGAGAAGGUCAAGGGAGGGAUUUGAGACUCUUUUUAUGGUUAUGUUUGUUUUUCUUUGACGGAAAGGGCGGAGCUGUGUGAGCAGAAGGUUUCAGAAUGUUUCUUUUAACCAUUCUUAUGUUUGAUUUUUAUGUGAUUACAGGUUUGCAGCGAGAGAUUUUUAUUUGGCGUUUUGUUUUUGGAUGAAGAGAGGAGAGUUUUGGGUUGAAAAAAAUUGAAUGUUUUUGUCGAGACGACAGCAGCGGGAGAGAGAGAGAGUACCUUAUGCUUUUUUAAGGAAAUAUUUUUGGUUUGUUUUUGUUGUUUUUUUUUCCUGAGGUUUUGCCGUAAUUGUACAUUUUUAAUUUAUUAAGAAUCACUACGUGAGGAGAGAGAAAUGGGAUUAGAAAGAGAGCUAAAUUGAGAGGUGGGUAUUAUUUCGGGUUUGUUUAUUUAUUCAAUGUUUUAUUUAUACAGUUGUUUUUUUCUUCUUUUUUCGGUCAGAAAGAUACUUAUGCAUAGAAAACAACAAACAAACUGGGUUUGAGUUUUUCCUUUUCUUUCUUGGCUUCGUUUUGGUCGCUUUUUUUCUAGUGGAGCGUAACACAUGCACACCCACGAGACAUACACUCACACAUUUUUGUUACUUUUUUUUAAUGUUUCCAGUCUUUAUCUCGCUUGACACACUGGCUUAUAUAUCUCAAACUAUGAAACAAAUCCUUACGAAUGAAAUAAAGCAAAUGACAGAAACUGUUUUUAGUCGCCACACAGUGAGAAACACCAACUAACAACUAGAGGAGGAGGCUGAACCAUGAGCCGCUUUCACGAGGAGAGGGGGAACGUAACUCGACUUCACAUAAAGGAGGAAGUGAUACAGGAAAGUCUUGAAAAACAUCAAAACAUUUUGCCAGAAGGAAAACCAAAAUGCUUCCCUGUUGUUCGUUUAAAAAAAAAAAAUAGUCUGCCUUCUUCACCAUCUCACUAGACUCUCUCACCCCUCUCUUAUGCUUUGGUUUCUUUCUCUCCUUCUUCUUUGUUUUGGACAGAAUACUAUGAAAGCGUUAACACAUUUGUAUUAACUCUGGAUAUGCUAAGCCAAAUCUUGCUGUAGCUCUCUCUCUCUUUCUCUCUCUCACUUUAUUUUCUUAUCUCAUGUUUGUGUUGGAAGGAAGAGUCCGGGGCGAGAUUUAGCAGGAGGGCGCAAUACUUCAGUACGAAGGGACACUGUCACGCCCUCCUGACUGCGGCCCCUCCCACUCUGACUUCAUUUCCCCGCCUCUCAUUUUGCUUUCUGUCCCGUCUUUAUUCUCCCCCUCCUCCCCUUCCUCCUUCACAACACUCUGUGAGUGCUGUUUGCCAUCAAGUCAAAAAAAGUGAACUACUUCUCUCUCGGCUGCUAUCUCCACUCUCAACCAUGUUCGGAUUGCUGCUAAAGAAAACAGACAGAUAAAUAAAUAAAUAAAUGAAAUAAAUAAAUAAAUAAAAAUGAGAACUUUUUAACCCUCCUGCUUCAGAAAAAUGAAAAAUAAACCACUGCAUCUCAUGUAUUUAUUACUAUUUAACAAAGAAAAAACAAGAAAAAUCUGUUUUCUGCUGUUUUUUUGUUUGCUUUCUUUCUUGGUACAGGUUAAAGCUUGACAUUUAUAUUAUGUAACGGAAACAUGGUAUUAAUUAAACAAGUGCCUCGAUUAUAUUGGUCAGCCACUGGACGGGAUUGAACAGAAGAGGAUUGUAGGAGUUUGAUCAAGGUUUAUAAUAUGUAAAGCUGAAACUCGAGCCUCAUGCAACUGUGUAGACAAACAAAACCCAACACCAUUCAGACGUCAUGUGAGAACUUCAUAUUGGACGCAAGCCUCAUUCAGUAUGACUGACCAAUACCAUAUAUAAAUACAUAUAUAUAUAUUUAAUUAACUGAUGACAUCCUCAUCCAUUGUAAUCUGUGUACAUAGCAUCCAUGCAUCAUCCAGUUAACGUUAAAGCAAAGUUAGGGUGAAAUGUCAUUUUUCAAGGUUAAUGACUGGGAUUCGAACCUGCCACCUUCCAGGCGUCUGGAAACUGCAAACUACCUUACUCUGCUCAGAUCAGUGAUGAUGACUGCUGUCCUUUUUGUUCUUGAUAACCAGUUUUAAACACAACAAUCUUGUAAUUGGCCUCACUGGCUUCUUUACUUUGUCAUUUCUUUCAACGUCAUCCUUCAUGAGAACAUACUGUCUGAAGUAUUCUGAUAUCAUCAGUUUUUUGGUUUCUCUAUUAAAGAGAGAGUUGCCUCUGUA